AAAAUAAAGUCAGUCAAGUCGUCAACUUCAAUUUGAGAGGUUACCCCAGAUGUGAGCGUGUGAUUUUGGGUUUUGUUUGCGAAUAUACGAAUUCUGUAUUCUAUUUAAACAAGUUUAAGUGAAAAUAUGUUGUACGACGAUUUCAAACCUAUAGUCGAUUUGGUGUUAAAUAACUGGACAGCCUUACAACUUGCGGUUGAACAUGGCAUGGGUGCACCAGGCGGGGAAAAAACUGCCCAGCUGAUGUCAGUUUACAUAGCAAGGUUUUGUGUGGAGAAUGUAGUAGACAUCCCAGAACUAACAGAAGUAAUAGAGGAUCUUAUGGACGAAGAAUUUGAUACCGUAUGCCAUGAUAACUCGCCAAAAGAAAUAGCAUCAGUGCUCCUUAUGUUCCUGAGUUUGCUGAAGGAGGGCCAGCACGAUGAGCUGAGAGCUAGAAUCGAAGCUAUGCCCAAGUGCCAGAAGUGGCUCAGUCAGCCGAUACAUGAAUCGGUACCUCCUCAAUACCAUGGGAAUCCAGAUGACGACACAACUAGUAGCAGUGGAGAAGAUGAUGACCAAACAAAUGGAGAAGUGGCUUCAUCAUCCCACCAAAAUAACGAACCCGAACCAAUGGAUGAAGACGUUGAACCCGGCUGGACGGUAGUACGGACACGGAGGAGGAAAUAGACUAGCAACAUAAUAACUCAUAUUAUAAGUUUGUUAUCAGUUUAGAUUCACGAUAGAUGAAUGGAAGAGACCGUUUUGUCAGCUUCUGUGAAAAACCAGCUUAAUGGCAAGCGUACACUUUGUGUGAUAGUGGUUAGAGUGUAAUGAUUAUGACACCUCUAGUCACGUUUAGAUGCUGAAUAAAUAUACAGCAACUAAUCAACUUAAUACUGAUAUUUUUACAAUAUAAUGCUCUGGCACCUUACAAGCAAAGUAGAUUGUGAAAAUUUGAAAAAACUGUAGAUUAGUUUUAAUAUAAAACUUUUUAUUGAUCAACAAAAGUAAAUAAUUCCUCAAUCAAGUACCUACCGGUAUAGAUUUUAUAUGUAUAGAAGUAGUACUUGCAUUAAAUAGAAUGAUUGUAAUGUAAUAAUAUUAAUAUGCUUGUUAAAGUGAAUGUUAGCUAAAUUGUGCUAGCCUUACUUAGGGUGCAACUUAGGAUCAUGCAAUAAAUAUUAUAGAUAUGUUUUUUAUCUUGAAUAUGUAUACUUUUUGCCUGUGAGAGUUAGACAUUAAUGUUUUAAAUCAUGAUGAUUUGUUGAACUAAAAUAUUUGAAUUAUAAACACCACAUAUCACUAUUUACUGAGAUUAGUUUGCCUGAUUCAUAAUAACAAUCAAUGUACUUUUGUUUGUUUUGUUAGAAAUAAUAAUUUACACAUAAUAUUAUUAUGUACUUAGUAUGUGAAGGUAUAAUUUAUACAUUUUUGUAGAUACCUCAGGAGAUGAAAACAAUUUGCCUUUCUCUCAUCUUAAUAAAAUAUAAUAUUCAAAGCAUAUUUUAUGAUCUAAAAGUAAAAAUUAUAGAAAUAUAGUUUCCAAUCGUCUAUUUAAUACCAAUUCUGUGUAAGUAGAUAAAAUUAUUUUUACUUCGUUGAUAUUUAGGUACCUAUGUACUAGUAGGUAAAAAUGUUGCGUGUAUUUAUUUUUAUUAAAGUAACGUAUUUAAAUGUUAA